AGUGCACAAAAUAUACCAUAAAUAACUUCGAAGGAAUACGAAAGUUAGGCAAAAUCAUGUCUUCCAUAGUACUGCUUCUUCUGAUACUAUCGUCCAUUGCACUGCAAUUUACAGCUGUGAAAUCCAUUGGAGUGUGUUAUGGCGUAAAUGGAGAUCAUCUACCAAGCGGGCAAGAAGUGAUAGACUUGUACAAAUCCCAUGGCAUUGGAGGGAUGCGCAUAUACUAUCCAGAUGAACAAGCCCUUCAAGCCCUAAGACGUUCGAACAUUGAAGUGUUGCUUGAUGUGGCUAAGGAAAAUCUUUCCUCACUAUCUGAUCCUGCAUAUGCCAAUCGUUGGGUUAAAAAUUUUGUAGUAGCCUACUCAGAUGUGAACAUCAGGUACAUUGCUGUGGGAAAUGAGAUUAGUCCUAGUGACGGAGAAGCAAAGUAUAUUCUACGUGGAAUGCAAAACAUUCAGAAGGCAAUUUCUGCAGCAAAUUUGCAAGGCAAAGUUAAGGUCUCUACAGCAAUCAAAAUGGAUCUACUUGAAAACACUUACCCACCCAGGAAUGGCAAGUUUAAGGAUCCUGCAACUACAUACAUAAAGCCCAUCAUCGAUUUCCUUGUCAACAAUGGAUCACCACUUCUCGCUAAUGUGUAUCCCUAUUUUGCCUACAGUCCGCCAAGUAGCCCCAUUCAUCUUGACUUUGCUUUGUUCAAACAAGGAACAAAUGACCCAGCAGGUUAUCAAAACUUGUUUGAUGCAAUGUUGGAUUCUAUAUAUUAUGCUCUUGAGAAGAUAGGAGCACCAAAUUUGCAGGUUGUUGUUUCUGAAAGUGGGUGGCCUUCGGAUGGAGGAGCUAAAGGGGCCAACGUCAAUAAUGCGAGCACUUACUAUCAGAAUUUGAUUAAACACGUCAAGGGAGGGAUCCGGACUCCAAAACAUAAUGCGCCUAUUAAGACGUACUUGUUUGCCAUGUUUGAUGAAAACAAAAAGCCAGAUCCACCAACUGAGAGGCAUUUUGGUUUGUUCAAUCCUGAUAAGUCGCCCAAAUAUGGAAUUAGUUUCAAUUAAUACUGCUUAGAAAAGAAGAACAAUAAUAAUAAUACUAAUAAUUUGUACUCUUUGUUUUCCUUGGAAUAAGUGUGCCAUGAGCAUGCUCAUGUUUCUUCUUGAUUAAUGUAUCGAGGUUUCAAUGUUCAGAGUUAAUUCUAAUAAAACAUUUUCUUAGUUACAGAAGCUCUAAUAAAA